GAAUAUUUUGAGGACAAUCGUUUAAAAGAGAAGCAUACAAACAUUGACGACAACAUAUCGACACAUAACUUAAGUGAGAACGAUAUAGAUGGUGAUAUGCCAGAAAAUCCAAAUGCUAACAAACAAGAAAUUUCGGUAAAACAUAAUGACAAUGAACCAUCUGAUAAUAGAGAACGUAUUAGCACAACCGAAGAUUUAAUUUCGAUGCUAGUUUCGGAAGCGAAAGGGUCAGAAGAAUUAUUCGAUGAAGAUCAUAAGAUAACGAUAGGAUUGGUUGGUUAUCCUAAUGUGGGCAAAUCAUUUACAAUAAAUGCACUUCUUGGAGAAAAACGAGUUUCGGUUUCAUCAACACCAGGAAGGACUAAACAUUUCCAAACUAUACACCUUUCACCUUCACUUAUAUUAUGCGAUUGUCCAGGGUUAGUUUUUCCAAAUUUUGCGACAACAAAUGGUGAUAUGGUUUGCAAUGGCGUACUACCUAUUGAUCAAUUACGAGAGCAUACUGGACCUAUUGCAUUAAUUGCCCAAAGAAUACCAAAAGAAGUACUUGAAGCCAUAUAUAGCAUUAAAAUUAAAAUUAAAUCAAUUGAGGAAGGUGGUACCGGAAUCCCUUCAGCAGAAGAACUAACGGUAGCUUAUGCUG